UCUGUCUGUCUACGUGCCUCUCACCUCGUACAACCUCCCAUCCAGCCUACAUCAGCCGCGCUCACAGGAUGCUUCGCUAAGAGACUUCAAGGACUUCACAGCAAUAACAGGGAUUUGAGAAUUUUGAAAAAUGGUUGGAUUUUUCCAGAUGUUGAGGAAGAGAAAGGAGCUGAUCCCUCUGAUAGGGUUCAUGGCUUUUGCUGCAACGGGAGCCACCUCUGCUGCUCUCUACUUUCUAUUUACUAAACCUGAUGUUAUUUUGAACAAGACCAAAAACCCAGAACCAUGGGAGAGAGUGGACCCGACAAAACCCCAAAAGUUCAUCACCAUCAAUCAGCAGUGGAAACCAGUGGAGGAGCUGGAGUUGGUGAAGAGCCUCACCAAGUAAAAAAAAAAAAGGCGGGCAUCUGCUAGAAAGAUCCACACCUGCCGGCCCCCCCAUCAGUCUAACAGAAUCCUUUCUGCACAAACUAGGAUGCUUUGACACUCAGUGUGCGGAAAUGCUUCUGCUCCACUGGUGGGGUUACACCCUGCUCUGUACUGGCCCGGCUCAAGGACGUCCAUCAUACUAACUAUGGUAACAGAUACUCGUGCUGCCAGGAAAAAAGUGAAAAAAGACUAAUUCUGGGUUUCUGUGAUUACAGCUAGAGAGGUGUAUUCGCAUUAAACAGGUUGUGGUAUUUCAUGUGACAGAGAGGUUGGUAGUAACAGCCACCCAGAUGCUCCCACAGUAGAUGUGAAGGUAUGACAGUGUGCAAAUGUGAAAGACCAAAAGUGUAAGUAAUGUACUGUACAGUCAAUAAAUUAUUAUGAACA